AUGACCGUUGUGGUUGCGGUGGACGAACGAAACGCACAGCGGAACGGAACCGUCGAGCUGUCCGCAACCGCAAACGGAACCAUCAAUCAUAGUUUCGUGCUGGAAGACAUCAGCGGCAGUAAACCGCAGAACGGCAUCGAACACCCGUAUGGUCCGCAUCACGGGCACGAUCAUCACUACCACGUGCACCAUCAUCACCUGCGGGAGAAGCCUGGCCACGACUACAGCGAGGAUGUCAUCACGACGCACGGCGUCCAGCCGCAUCACAAGACAACCUACCUGGAAACGAUGACCCACCUGCUGAAGGGUAACAUCGGCACCGGGUGCUACGCGAUGGGUGACGGGUUCAAAAAUGGCGGCAUCGUACUGGCACCGAUUCUGACGGUGUUUCUGGGCUUCAUCUGCGUUCACUGUCAGCACAUUCUGCUCGAUUGCGCGCGCAAGUUGCAUCUCGAUCCGAACAGCAAGGCUCACCUGCCGGACUUUGCCGAAACCGUUGGUCUUUGCUUUAAGUACGGACCGCCCCGUUUCCGGCGGUGGGCCAAACCGAUGAAGAUGGCCGUCAACAUUUUCAUCUGCGUAACGCAGCUGGGGUUCUGCUGCAUUUAUUUCGUGUUUAUCAGUUCGAACUUCAAACAGAUCUUCGACCGGUACGACAUGCCACUGGACGUCCACUAUCACAUGGCUCUGCUGCUGGUGCCCAUCAUUCUAACCUCAAUCAUAACGAAGCUUAAAUUUCUGUCCUACUGCUCGAUGCUGGCCAACGUGUUCAUGUCGCUGGGGAUCGGAAUUACCUUCUACUACGCCGGUCAGGAUUUACCGUCACCGACGGAGCGGCGCUUCGUCGCCGACUGGAACCAGCUGCCGCUCUUUUUCGGCACCGCCAUCUUUGCGUUCGAAGGUAUCGCCCUGGUGCUGCCGUUGCAGAACGAAAUGAAGAAACCGCACAACUUCAGCAAACCCUUUGGCGUACUGAACGUCGGUAUGGUGUUUAUUGUGACACUAUUCACCAGCUUUGGCUUUGUAGGUUACCUCAAGUGGGGUGAAGAGGUUGAAGGUACCAUGACGCUCAACCUGCCGGAUGGUGAGAUUUUGGCCGAGAGCGUUAAGGUUAUGAUUUCGCUCGGUGUCCUACUGGGCUACGCCCUGCAGCUGUUCGUCGCCAUUAUGAUCAUGUGGCCGAGGGUGCAAUGUCGGUUGAACAUUACCAAACACCGAACGUUAGCCGAGAUGAGCUUCCGGGUGCUGAUGGUGUUAGUCACUUUCAUCAUUGCGGAAUGCAUACCGAAGCUGAGCUUGUUUAUCUCGCUGAUUGGUGCCCUCUGCUCGUCGGCACUGGCGCUGAUGUUUCCGCCGAUCAUCGAGCUGAUCGUAGCUUACUCCGACGGGGAGAAAAAACCUAGCUGGUGGAUGCUGCUGAAGAAUGGAUUCAUUCUUCUGCUGGCACUGCUGGGUUUUCUGACCGGAAGCUACGAAAGCUUGAGCAAAAUCAUCCAGGAGCUGUUGCUAUGA